AUGCACCAUCAACGGUCUGCUUGUGAUCGCUGCAGGGGUCAGAAGCUGCGCUGUCCACGGAGUGAUCAGUCCAAGACUGAGCCAUGUGCCAGAUGCCUGAAAGUCGGGAUCCAGUGCGUGACCAGCAGCGCGCGACCCCUGGGACGACCUAGAACGACGACAGUUUCUGGGCGCCGGACCAAAUCCAUCAAAACAGGACUCACAGCACCCCAAGCACCGGACACUGAAUCGACUUCUCUACGACUACCAUCGACCACAGAGGAUCUGCAAGCGUUCUCCAACUUGUGGGCGCCUGGGAGGUUGGAUCUGUAUGCAGACUAUCUGGAACACCCGUCUUACGUGACCGGCCUGAAUUUCGAAAAUCCAGGACUGAGCUCGGCAUCCGAAGCAGAUGCAGGAUAUGAAUUUGAUCAGCAACUGGGGAGCCACGACGAGCUUUUCGCCCUUGAACCGUCGACUGAACGUUACCAACGCCCACAGCAUGACUUUAAUUUGCCUGCUAUUCCCGAAAGUCAUAUAGCAGGACCAUCACUGAAACUGCCAGAGCCUGCAGACACCCUCACCUCUCUAUCGCGACUGAAUGAAGACAUUUCUGGGCAGAUAUCCCGUAUCAGUUCACACAUCUGGGGACCUGUGAACGCAGGGCAGCAUUGUCGCGAAAAGCUUCAUCAAAUCGAGGGUAACCCUAUGGCUGAGAUGUUACAAAGCACUUCCCAAUUUGUUACCAUUCUCGAAAACCUAGCUCCGUUGUCACUACAGCCAAUCGCAUCUACCGCUGGGUCCGUAACACAUGAAUCCUCUGCCUCGGACACUGGUACCCCCAAUUCCAAUCCCUCGCAACAGCAGACAUCGCUGCCUGCGUCAUCCUCGCCGCUUCAUCCACCAUCGACAAGCUUGAGCAUAUUGAGCACCCCAGUCGUGCUAAUGCUUCUGUCAUGCUAUCUCCUCCUUUUGGAGCUCUACGACGCAAUUUUCAGCCGUGUUUGUGAUGCUCUGUCGAAACUGGGAGACCUAUACAGCUUCUUUCGGGACCUGCCAGAGUUUCAAGUGGCUGGUCUGCCGUCAAUGAAGGCACAUCUGUAUGCCAAGAUCAUCAUACAAAUCAUUGAGCAUCAUUUCGACCAUAUCGAGCGGCUUUUAGGCCUGCCCAAGGAAUUUGGCCUCUCCGAAAGGACGCCGAACUCGAUGGGGUUGUUCAAUUCUACGGAACUAUCUCAGCUUCUACAUAUGGCCAUGACGCAGAUGGCAGGAAACUCCGGAAAUUCAGGCAGUUCAACAUUGAAAUCGUUCAGAGCUAAACUGAGAAGUCUCCAAGGCAUGCUACCGCGGUGAAGAUCGGGUAACUAUCUUCAUCGAUCUUGCGACACCUACUUUCAGAAAUACCCUAAAUACCGCUCGACGGAAUUAAGUGCUAUGAGGAAAUGUGCCAGAAGGACGCCAGUAAAUGAAGCUAGAUCUUCUCCUUCGUCCCAGAUCUUCUCAUUCAUUUCACAGAAGAAACUUUAUGGGUGUUCUGCCACCUUCCUUUUAUGCGAGCCUGGCACGAGCCUGGCAGAGAUCUGUGCAGGCCGUACAACAUCUCCCUUUGGUUUCAGCUGCAGCCCCUAGAGGCCAGACUAUUUUCCAAUAUCCUCUUCCUUUGAGGUGCCAAUUUCGCUCUCCUCCUUCUCCAUGCCGAAUUCGGUUUCAAGGUCCUGGCGCAGCGGAAUCUCUUUCUCCAAGAACGCGAGCAAAAACCCUAGUGCUGCAAAUCCGAUUCCAACCUGCCAUGUUCGGCGGAGACUUCCAUUCAAUACUGCGACAACUUGUUCGCGAGUGGGAGCAGACAGUGUAUCGAGGAAAGCAGCUGUGGCAUGGCCAUACGCUUGACCAUCGAUGAGCUGCCCUCUGGCGACUGGAUCUGUGAUGCCUGUCGACGCAAGGGCAUCGAAGCGAUUGUUAAAUAUUGCAGCAGGAAUUGCAGUACCCCACGUCCCGCCGAAACCGCGCACGAACGACCAAGUUGAUGUUGUAAGUGCGGUGUCGCUUUCCGAAAGCGGCGCCAUAACCGCAGGUAGUAACGUGGAGAUAACGAGGCCUGCUCCAGCAGAACCUACC